GCCUGGGUGUCCUCACCGCAUUCGCAUUGCGUAUAAAUUGAAUUAAUUGUGUGAUUACCCGACAACAUUGCUACAAGAUCAGCGGGCAACUCUUGAUCGAAGCAUUGACACAAAAUAAAGACAGAUAGUCGAUAAGACAGCGAGUUAACGUGACUUCUUUGACCACAUUACCCUACCUACAGUGUAACGGACCUCACGUGCCUAGACUGAUUUGUUUUAAGAACACGAGUACUUACGAAGCAAAAUGGCGUUACGUAGCAUGGUCCGUGUAGCGAAGCAGAUGUCCAGGAGUAUGGUGCAGCCUCACUGCUGCCGACAGGCUGCUUUCUUCAGCACCACAAAAGAUAGCAGAGCCCGAUUUUACACAAAAAAGCACGAGUGGGUAACAGUCACGGACAACAUAGGCACAGUAGGAAUAUCUAAUUAUGCACAGGACGCGCUUGGGGAAGUGGUCUACGCGCAGUUACCGGAGGUAGGCAAUGCGGUGGAGGUGGGCGAGGAGUGUGGAGCCCUGGAGAGUGUCAAAGCCGCCAGCGAGAUCUACUCACCUGUCUCUGGCACGAUAACAGAAAAGAACAGCUCCGUAGAAUCCUCCCCAGCGCUCAUCAACCAGUCGUGUUACCAAGACGGCUGGCUGUUCCGAGUGAAGCUGUCCAAGCCGGACGAGCUCAAAGCACUGAUGGACCAGGCGGCUUACGACAAAUUCUUGGAAGAGGAGCAUCACUGACACUUGAGGCUUUUUGGGGCCGGGGGCUGCGAUUUUGAAAUAAAAUUAAACUUUAGAGGUUGACAAGAAUUUCCUUCAUCCAUUGUAUGAUCUUUUAGUAUGCUUGGCCUGCCUCCUUUUUGAUACUUUUUAUUACUCUUAAAGCCGCGGGUUCUUCGGCAUAUGGCAGUACUGUGAAAUUUGGCGGGUUUACGAUACACUAAUUCUGCACUUAACAUCGUCUGUUUAUUAUUUGUCUUGUGAAACAUACGCCUAACACUAAUUGCCAGAGUCGCUUAAUCGCUGCCCGUGGGAACAAACUGUAGCUAUUAAUUUAAAAUUAAGUAGUUAAGUUUUAUUAAAUAAAAGCCUAUGUGAUUUUUAAUUAGUAACAUUACAUUCCAUAACUUUUAUCAAAGGAUGCUAACGAUAUGUAUUGUACCUUAUUAUAAUAGAAAUUACAUCUGCUAAAACAACAGGGUAACCUUUAACUUGGUGAUAGAUGUUUUGUGACUUAAUUAAAUUUUCUUACUUUUU